CCUUCACAAAUCACACUACAGUCUACAAAACCCUAAUCUCACCCUCCCCUAUAUAAACCCACCUCUGGUUGUAUCUUUUUUCUUCUAUCACUCUCCGUAAUCCUCAUCACCACCAUGGCAGAGAGAGGCGGCGACAGAGGUGGAUUCGGACGCGGAUUCGGCCGUGGAGACCGUGGCCGUGGUCGCGGCGAUCGGGGAAGGGGUGGUCGCCGCGGCCCCCGCCGCGAAGAAGAAGAGAAAUGGGUCCCAGUAACGAAGCUGGGCCGCCUCGUCAAAGAAGGGAAGAUCCGCAGCCUCGAGCAGAUCUACCUCCAUUCCCUCCCCGUCAAGGAGCACCAGAUCAUCGAGACCCUCCUGGGCCCACAGCUCAAGGACGAGGUCAUGAAGAUCAUGCCCGUUCAGAAGCAGACACGUGCCGGGCAGCGUACCCGCUUCAAGGCCUUCGUCGUUGUCGGCGAUGGCAACGGUCAUGUUGGCCUUGGUGUGAAAUGCAGCAAGGAGGUGGCUACGGCGAUCCGGGGCUCGAUUAUUCUUGCAAAGCUGUCGGUGAUUCCGGUAAGGAGGGGCUACUGGGGGAACAAGAUAGGGAAGCCUCACACGGUUCCUUGUAAGGUCACAGGGAAGUGCGGGUCGGUUACGGUGCGGAUGGUGCCGGCUCCACGUGGGGCUGGGAUUGUCGCGGCCAGGGUCCCAAAGAAGGUGCUGCAGUUUGCAGGGAUUGAGGAUGUGUUCACGUCCUCUCGGGGAUCCACUAAGACACUCGGGAAUUUCGUCAAGGCUACAUUUGAUUGUCUGCUGAAGACUUAUGGAUUCCUUACCCCUGAUUUCUGGAGGGAGACCCGCUUCACGAAAUCUCCUUUCCAGGAGUACACAGAUCUGCUGGCGAAACCCACAAAGGCAAUCAUUCUCGAGGAUGGCGAGAAGUUGGAAGCUUAGGGAAAGUGCAGAGAGAGUCAGAAGUCAGCUUUUUUGUUUUGUUUUUGGUUUCUUUUUCUUUUUUUCCAUCCAAGGACAUUGAUCUCUUCCAAGGGUGUUCUAGAAAUUAUAGUACUGUCUUUUUGCUGUAAAAGGUUUUGGUUUUUAUGGAUCCCCUGUUAUUAAGUGUUUGAAAUUCAUUGAAAACUUUGAGACCACCAGAGCUGGGGGCCAUGCAUGAUAAGGAGUGUUUAUUGCUACAGAGGAUUGAAAAUGAUUUUGAUUUUUAGCUGCA